AUGCAGAAAGAUGAAACUUAUAUAAAAACUCCCCCAAUUAGAAAACUUAAUAAUGGAUUAGCUAUUAAAUAGAAAAUCAAUGAAUUAAAUAAAAAGAGUAGUAUUAGAUUUUCUGACUUGACUAAAGAAUAGGCAUCUAAUUAAAAAAUAUCUUAUAGACGACAAAGUCAACCUCGUAAACCAGUUCAUCGAAUCUAAUAAGGUAUUUUCUUUCUUAUUCUCUUAAAAUAGCUAUUACUAUUUAAAGAAAUCUUUCAUAAGAACCCUAAACUCAAGGUACAUACAGUGUAGUUUUUCCAAAUAAUAGCCCUUAAAAGAAAGAUAAAAGAAAAGUACAAACAACUAAUUGUGAUUAACUUGAAGAAUAGAAAAAUAGUUAAGUUAGAAUAGUUAAAGGUUUUUAUCCAUCUGAUAUUAAUAAUACCAAACAGAUUUUAACGAAUAUUUUACAGGGGAUGUAAUAGAGAGUUUAAGCAGAAAAAUCUUUUGGAAUUAUGGGAUUAUAAGUAGUUCCAUUUAAUAAAAUAAUGGAAUAAAAUACUGUAUUAACUUAACAGACAAUAAGAUAAAAAGCCUUUUCUCAUGAUAAAGAAGUAGAUAAAUCUUAAUCAUUUACUGAAGAAAUAGAAAAGAAAAUUAAAUGCAAAAUACCAUAAAAAUGUAAAUAAAAACAAUCUAUUAAUUAUAAUAAUGCCAGUCCAGUACCACCAAAAAUAAUUGCUCCUUAAAGUAGUUCAACAUAAAUUUAAAAUAAUAAUUUCAAAUUUUCAUUAACUGAUUAUUCAUCUUUAUCUAGAGAAUAAUUAUUUUAAACUAAAUUGUAAAAUUAUUAGCAUUUCUUAUUUUUGGUUUCCACUUAAAGUGGAUUUUAUACAGUACCAUAAGAUAGUUUGAUUGAUUUAAAAUUUAAAAUUGGUAGAGGAAAUAAUUCUCUACUUAUUAAAGAAAUAUUUAAAUUGAGAUGGUGGUGGAAUUGUUAUAAGUACACUGAAUUAAUUGAUUCUGAAAGUAAUUUUAUUUGGACAUAAAUUAAAGUAUAGAAUUAUAUGGACACUUAAAAUUAAUCAAAAAAUGAUAUUAAGUAAUUGUUGAGGUAGAAAAUUAAUCAACCUUAAUCAUUAAUAUAAAAAGCAAAGAAAAUUCAAAUUGAUUAUUUAUUGAGAAUAAUGAAUGAUGAUUCUGAUUAUAAAUAAAUAGAAAGAAAUUAAAAAGCGUACCUCAAAUUAAUAAAUCAGAAAGGAUACACCUUAUUAAAAGUUCAUCCAAAUUUGAAAGUAAUUCAAUCAUUAUUAAAUUUAGAUUCAUAAUCAUAUUGAAAAAAAUUAUCAUUUAGGUAAUAAGAAAGCUUUAUAUCACAAUCUCAAAAGAUAUUAUGAAUUAACUAAAUAGGAUAUUCAUUCCAUAAUACCAAUGACAUUCCAUGUAUAAAAGGGAUCUAGAGACAAAGUUUAUUUAUAAUUCUUAGAACAUUACAAGAAACUAUCAAAGUAUUAUUAUUUUACUAUCUAGAGGCUCUACUUGGAUAGUCAAACCUGGUGAAUUUACAAACAGAGGAACUGGAAUCAUAGUUUGUCAAAAUUUAACUGAGAUUAAUAAAAUUAUUAGUAAAAAGUAAGUGCAUUAAAAUGGAAAGCCAUUUACAUAUUUAAUUUAAAGGUACAUUGAGAAACCAUUUCUAUAUAAUAAAAGAAAAUUUGAUAUCAGGUGUUACUUUCUUAUCACUUAAUUGAAUAAUAUUUUUAGAGCUUAUUGGUAUGAAGAUGGAUAUAUCAGAACUUCAUCAGAAGAAUUCGAUCUUGAUGAUCCUGCUAAUCUUUAUGUUCAUUUAACAAAUGAUGCCAUAUAGAAAUAUGCUGACACAUAUGGGAAAUAUGAAAAUGGCAAUAAAUUAUCUUUAUCUGAGUUUCAACGUUAUUUGGAGAAUUAACCAAAAAAAUAUAAUUUCUAUAAGGAUUUAUAUCCUUAAUUGAUUGAAAUAGCUACAAUUAGCAUAAAAUCAGUAUAUUGUAAAUUAGCUCCACAUAAAAAGGAAUUUAAUUUUGAGAUAUUUGGAUUAGAUUUUAUGAUAGAUUCAUAAUUCAAACCAUAUUUAAUUGAGAUAAAUACUAAUCCUUGUUUAGAAACGAGUAGUCCAGUUUUAUAGAGAAUAAUACCUUAAAUGGUUGAAAAUGCUAUGAGAUUAUCAAUCGAUACAAUAAUACCACCACCAGAUGCUAAUGUAUGGCCACCUUGUAAAAAGCAUCUUAUUUUUUAUGACAAUUUAUUAGAAAAUAAUAAAUUUCAAUUGAUUUUUGAUGAAAGAGAAGAUUCUGAAGAAUUAAUAAAAUUAUAUGGUGGAUUACUGGAACAUGAUGAAAUUGAUGAAAUGGAUGAAGAAGAAGAAGAAUAUUAAAGUGAUGAUGAAAGUUAAAAAUUUGAAUAGUGA